AACUUGGACCAACCUCUGGACUGCCAUCUUCAAGACCUUCGAAAUCAAUGAUGGGGAUCUCUACUGUUGGUUUGGUCAUCUUGAAUGUGUGCAGCGAAGCAGUGUUAUGCAGGAAGUCGAGCUCGCUCACCCGUUCCGAGUAGGCCAUGGAGCUCCCCCGCUUAUCCCCUAUCGGCGUGUCGGGAAUCUCGGCUCGUUAUCUCUCCGAAGCUUGGCGCUAGGCCAAGUCCGAUUACAGCUUUUAUUAUUUCCCCGCUCCGACUCAUCCGGCAGCUUAUCAUGGCAUCCGCGGCAGACACAAGAGAUACUUGGACGCUUGAGAUACUUGGUUAUCAGUCCGAGAUUCGAGAUCCACAGCACGGUAUCUCUUCUCGCCAUCAACUUUCAUAAUCCUGUACCUUUUGUAGUCUCCAACAUGGCGAUCCAGUGGCGGUCCAUUGCGAAGCGCCUCGAAUGUCCGACUGACGAAGAUGGUGAUUAUGAGAAUGACAAAUGGACCAACAGAGACUUGAUUCCAAUUCCACCUGACAGGCGAACGUACACCAUCGCUUCAUUCGCUAUCUACUGGUUCGUUUCAGGCGCCUGCAUCUCAGCGUACUCCACCGGAAGCUCCCUCUUAGCCUAUGGCUUGACCGCACAGCAAAGUAUGGCGUGCGUUGUCAUUGGCGCGAUCAUCACUGGACUUUUGUCAUGCGUUUGUGGCAUUGCAGGAGAGGUGCACCAUAUUGGGUAUACUGUUUUGGCUCGAUCGCAUUGGGGGAUGAAAGGGGCUUAUUUUCCUAUCUGUGUUCGUGUUUUCACCACUAUCUGGUGGUUCGGCAUCCAGGCAUACUGGGGAGCACAAGCAGUAAAUCUGAUGAUCGGCGCCAUGUCGCCUUCCUGGAAACACCAACCAAGCAAAUUCCCCGCAACCGCCAAUAACACGCACCAAGAAUUCCUCGGACUUGUCCUCUGGUACCUGAUGUACAUACCUUUGGUCAUGAUACCUCCUGAGCGACUACAAAGACCAUUCGUCAUCUCAUCCGCAGCCUUCGCAUGUACCUUAAUCGGCCUACUCGCCUGGUCCGUGUCCAAUGCAGGCGGCGGGGGUCCCUUGUUCCAUACACAGAAUACUGCCGACUCUACACCGUUCUCCAUGAUGUUGGGCAUUACGAGCAUUCUCAGUUCUUGGGGAGGUGGAACUAUCGGUCAAAGCGAUUGGGUCCGUUAUUCCAAGCGGCGGUACUACCCUCUCUUAUCCCAAAUGGUUGCAGCUCCAACCAUGAUCACCUGUUGUGCUCUCGCCGGUGUGGUCGUGACGUCCGCAUCGUCCAAGGUCUUGGGCAAGAUCAUAUGGUCGCCUAUCCUACUGCUCAGCGAGAUCCAAGACUACUACGAGUCAUCGCCUGCUGUCAGAGCAGCGGUCUUCUUCGCUGGACUGGGCUGUGCCAUGGCUCAGCUCUCCAUCAACGUGGUUUUGAACUCCGUUUCAUGCGGCAUGGAUAUGGCAGGUCUGGCUCCUAGGUAUCUCAACAUUCGACGUGGAGCUUAUAUCCUCGCUGCUCUCGGACUUGCUUCCAAUCCUUGGCAGAUCCUCGCCUCUGCGUCGGUUUUUCUCAAAGUCGUUUCUGGCCUCGGAACAACAACAGCGCCAAACACAGGCAUCCUACUAUGUGACUAUCUCCUCGUUCGAAAACGAAGACUGCGUAUCGAACAUCUUUACCUGGGUACACCAGAAUCAGUUUACUGGUAUCAGAAAGGAUUUCAUUGGCGAGCUUUCGCGACAUUCUUCCUGACUAUCUGGCUGUUCCUUCCUGGCUUCUUGAUGAGCUUGAUCAGCCCUAAUAUAGCGAACAACUGGACAAGAAUUUUCAACAUUACUUUCUUGGUCGGCGUCGCCAUGUCAUUCGUGAUUUAUGCUGGAUUGUGUGCCGUCUUCCCACCUUCCAAUAGGUUUGAAGGGCAAAAUUUCUUAGACGACGAAAUCUUUACCAAGUCUGUACGUGGAGCGGCGGCCAAAUCUGCGAUGAAAGAAGAGUACACGCCUAGUAUCACAGAAUCGGAGAAGGCCGCCACACCCGCCACCUUGCUGUGAGCGUAGAGGCUGAGAGGUGAGAGCAACAGUCGGAUCAUUGGGUCUUUCAGUAGACA